ACAUCUCAGCUAUUACACAAACAGCAGACAUCCAUUCAUGUGACCACUGUCCACACCAAACAGUCUUCCCCAAUACCACUCUCUGAUCGUCUCCUUGCCUGCUACUCCACACAAGCUCCUGCAAUUCUUCUAUUCCUGUCGAGGCCUGACUUAGCGACGAGUGCACCGCUGUCUAUUUCGCUGUCUCGUCUGGUAGUCUGCAGCUCUCGGCGACACCGAUAGUUCUUGUACUUUUCUUCGUCGUUUCAUUUUUUUUUCUUCGGCACACCAAAUAGCGAAACAGCAUCAGGGCGAGCUGCAUUUUCGCGUCGUAGCAAUUGUGCACUUUCGCACGGCUUUCAGCCGGCGUUCCUCCCCCUUCCGCACCGGUGCAUUUUCGCCCACCAUCGAGGCUGCCUAUGGCGGAUCAUCAGGGCGAGGAGCAUGAGGGAGUGGCGGACAGAAGAGGCGGGCUGGCUCACGGAACGAAGGAGAAGAAACCGCGGCGCAAGGUGCAGUGGGACGAGGGCAACUUGACGUACAACGAGGAGCACAAGAGCGCCACCAUGACCAUCGACGAGCCCAAGACGCCCUUCCACCAGCUCUCGCUCGACCCGGAAGAAGGUAAGAGGUUCGUCUAGGGGGCGGUCGUGGCUGAAAGCUUGGCCUGUCACCUGGCCAAUUUUCGCAUGGAGGGUGAUUGCCUGCUGCCGCUGGAGGGUGACUGACCACCUCUGGCGAUAGCUGUGCAGUACCUUCUUUGCCACCGCCGACUUUUCGUCGGCCUGGUGGUUCCGGCAGGCUGAGAGGGCAGCCAGUACUCGGAGGAACUCGAGUGUGUCGGGGGAGCAGCAGCCGUAUGUCUCAGUGGUGACUCCCAGCACCUUCACAAAGGUGAGUCGUUCGUCGUACAGGUCCCGCUUCUUGCCCUGCAUCUCUGCCGCCAUCCACCCCGUCCCCUUUCGUGCUGUUGGGUCGCGGGUUGAGAUGGGGUCGGUGACUGUGACGUCACAGACCCAUACCGCGCCUGAGUCCGGGCAUCGGAGGGUGAUGUCGGCGCGGCGUUGGGCAGUUUCGGGUAAGUAGAGCGUGGAUUCCAUGUGGGCCACGAAGUGGGAUUCUCGGGCCAGUCGCAUCCCGAGGUUCACGAGCGCGUCGUGGGUCCGCUUUGGACCCCCGCCUAGGGUGCACCGUAGCAUGUGGUUGGGCAGCCGGUUGUCUGGUAUCGCCUGCUUUUCCCGGCAGUUGCAUUUGCCGGGUAGGGAGUGCUGCAGGCCCAUGCGGAAGGCUAGGGCCGUGGCAAAUUGCCCCUUGCUCAUGCUUAGCGGGUGAGGAGCAGCAGCGCAACUUGCGGGUGCAGUUGCUCUACCAGGGGGAGCGCCGCUGCCGCUUUUUCGAGCGUGCGGCGGAUGAUGUUCCCGCAUCCGUGGGUGGUGCCGAUGGGGCUGCCCAGGACCUUGAUGGCGUCGUGGCGCCUGGUGGAGGGCGAGGGCGAACAGCAUGGGGCCUAGCGGGUCGCCUUGCCGUACGCCCCGCUCGCUGAUGAGCGGGUCAGCGCCGAACGCGUGGUCGAGCAGCAGGCUCGAUGGCCUUCCGUAGAAGAGGCGGGUUAGGGGCAGCAGCCCUUUGAGAGGGCUGUCGCGUAGGGCGCGGAAGAAGGCGAUGCGUUCGACUGAGUUGAACGCGUUGGAGAAGUCCACCUGGAGGAGGAGGUGUUCGGGGUGCUGUUCGAGCAAUCUCGAGGCGGUGAGGAGGUCCGCCGCCUCUAGCGGCACUUGCCCUGCGAGUGCCGCGUUGGUCACUUCUGUGAGCAGAUUCAGGACGUCAGCGUUCGAGGCGGCUGCGUCCCGCAGAUGUUCGAAGCACAU